AUGUCUGUUCAAGACGAGCAAUCCACAUCCAGCAGUGCACACAUCGAAACAGCUGCCACCGCCCCAUCUACCAGCCCCAAAAGUCAAGACACACCACAGACCAACACCAUGUCCGCCGUGGGUCCCAUUCGCAACGCCGUCCGCACCAUCGCCGCCUCUGCUACAGCAUCAACAUCCGCACGGCCCCUAUCCGGCGUGUUUGGGAUCAACAAGCCAAGCGGUCCCACCUCCAUGUCACUGCUAGACGAUCUGAAACCUCUGUUUGCAUCCUCUCCGCUAUUCGCAGACGCCGACGGCAACCGUUCCAAGGACAACAACCGUAAGCGUGGUAAAUUCGGUGGCAAGGGAAGGGGCAAGUGGGCUGGUGGCGUUGCCGGUGCUCCCAAACUGGGUCAGGGUGGAACGCUCGACCCGUUGGCGGAUGGUGUUCUGGUCAUCGGCGUAGGCAGCGGCACCAAACAUCUUCAAAAGUACCUCGAUUGUACCAAAGAGUAUCGCAGUACCGGGCUGCUUGGGUCCGCGACUACUUCGUACGACUGCUGCGAUCCGAUUCUUACGAGAAAGCCGUACGAUCAUGUGACACCACAAGCGAUUGCGGAUCUGUUGCCAAGGUUCACGGGUAUUGUGUCUCAGAUCCCACCGCUGUAUUCGGCGGUACGCAUCGACGGCAAGAGGUUGUUCGAGUACGCAAGGGAGAACCUGCCGCUGCCACGACCGAUCGAGCCGCGCAAAGUCACCGUUCACGAACUGCGCUUGGUUGAUUGGCUCGAGCCGGGCAAGCAUGCAUUCAAGGAGCCAGAUCGCGAGGUGCCACCAGAGGAAAAAGCAUUGGUCGGCAGGGUGCUCCACAUGGCCGGUCGACAGGAAGGCCAGACAGACACAUUCAAGGACCCGGACGCUGCCGAACCCGACACUUCACCCACCGAAACGACGUCCACCUGGAAGAAGCUUUCCACCGAGACUGCUACGCAGUCAGACGCUGCGGGACCUCCGGCCUUCGUGCUCGAGAUGACCGUCUCCUCCGGCACCUACGUGCGGUCCAUCGUACACGAUCUCGCCACAGCCGUCGGUUCCGCCGCCCACGUCCAGACCCUUACCCGCACACGUCAAGGCGAAUGGUCCAUCGACACUUGUUCUGCAGAUGGCUCCACCGUGAAGGGCAAUUGCAUCGAAUGGAGCGUGUUUGCCGACGCAAUCGCCGAGAUGAAGCGAGAAAAGACCGAGCCGGACUUCAAGUCUGCACGCGAUCAGGACGGGUUGCGCUCGUGGGAACGACAGCUUGUCAACGUCAUUACUCCGGUGUAG